UUCGGCCGCCGUGCUGUCUUCAUUCAUCAAGCGACUUUCAACAAGCAUCGACGCGUCGUCGCGUUUCGUCGUCGUCCGUUUGGAUUAUUAGUUAGUACCUACAUAGUUGCAUUAUUACUACCUUGUAGUGAGUGGCAUUUACUACCGAAUCAUAAUAAAAGUGUAGAUACUUGCUCUGUGCACUAACUGUGGAAAGAUAAGAAAAAAAAACGCACCCUUGGUGGUUGCCUUCGUCGCGUCAUCGAUUCGAUUCGAGCAAAUCCGUCGUCGGCUGCUCUGCCCGUGAGUGACUAUUGAAAAUUUUUAUUGGGAGUGAGGAUUGUUUUUUUUGUGGAAGAGUGAUUUUUUGUCAAGCUGGAAAGUCUUAUUUGCAUGCCGAAGUGGGGUUUUGAUGUCGUCGGCAGUCGUUCUGUGAGGCAGCAGACCAACCCGAAAAUGGUGCCGGGGACAAAGUGUUGAAGUAGGUGAAAAUGAAAAAUAAUUACGACAAAGUGACAACCGAAACGCGUAUCAUUCCUCUCUUAAAAACUGAACAACUGCGAUUCGAGUCGUCAACAGGUGAUCAAACUUUUCGAUUCGCAAUUUUAUCCGAUGUGAUGUGUGACAGUGAUUGAAUACAUUUUGAAUUUGACGCAACUCCAAAACAAAAAAACACAAAUCGGAAAACAGACUACCAAUAAACGCGAAAAAAGUUCUCCUUGCUUGGAUCAGCCCACUUGUUGGAAGAACUCGCAAAACCGGUUUAGCUGGAAGCGAAAAACUGAAAAAAAAAUGCGACUCGUGGCCUAGAUAGUUAGCUCGUCCGAAACCACCAGCCGCGUGUGGCCGCAAAUGAAAACGUCGCAUUUCCAAUCGAACUUCGACUUUUCCGGUCGGCCACCUGCAGUAGUUUCUCCGCCGCCGUCGUCGUCUUCGCCUGCGUCGUCGUCCUUGCUGGUCCACCAGCAGCAGGGGCAGCAAACUCAACCGGAACCGGAACUACCGAUCGGGCAGCAAUCUUCGUCGUUCUGUUCGUCACCACAAAUUGACCAACGUCCGAUCCGCGAAGAACAUUUCGAUCCAAGUGGAAGAAGCGGCGGUCUACAUCAACAACAUCCACAACGCCACCGAACUGGUUCUAGUGGUGGUGGUGGUGGCGAUAGUGCCCAGCACCUGCAGCAACAGCAACAAAGUAACGACGACGCCAGCAACACCGGCGAAGGUUAUUUGCCAAAAAUCGGGGAGAUUGUUGCCGUGUCAUCAUCGAGCUCUCCUCCUCCGCCGCCGCCUCUAUCCCGACGGGAGAAUCAAUUCCUGUCGGCUGCCGUAGCGGGUCCGAUACCAACACCACUACAGAAAGAACAACACCCGACGUCGAGAGUGGUUAGCUGCUAUCAAGAUCUGCAGUAUUUCCCCGGUGACAGCGCUGCCAUUAGUGUUCGGCAACAACAGCCUCACCAUCUGUACGGGAAGCAGUCCGCGGUCCAAACCGGCCACGACGAUCCGGUUCUAGUAGCGAGAAAACAGUUCGAAAGCCCAGCUCCGGGCCCGAGAGUGGUGUACCAUCAACGACGCCAGAACAUCUAUCCUGGCGAAGAAGAAGAACCUACUGCAGAUCAAGCAGCCCCUCCGCCAGCAGUCGUCCGAUCGAGUGCGGUUGUUAUUGACGGUGGACACACGUUGCUGGCCGGCCCGACUGUCAUCCACGAAACGUCAUCUUCAUCAUCAUCAUCGUCGUUGCGCCAUGAUGGUGGAUUGAGUUCUCAUCGACAGAACCAUUCGCACCACCAAUCGAAAGCGGCGCAAUCAACAGCGGCGGUUGCCAUCGAUAGCACCAGCCACGAAAUUUUGCAACGCCACAGUCAGCCUCAGCAGCUAAGUCGACGAUUGGAGGCCACAACAAGCUCCGAUUAUAAUAACCGGAGCCAUCAGCAGCAACAGGCUGAAAAUAGCAGCAACAGUAGUGUUGGUAGUGGUCAUAUAAAAUAUCCAGCGCCGCCGCCGCCUCCACAAAAGACAACAGCAGUAGCAGCGGCAGCAUCGACCAAACGCAAGAGAGAAACAGGUAAUUAGCAUCAUAUAUGUACG